AUGAUGGGCUCAAGGAGACCGACAACGGUAUCAAGAAGACCACCGACGAGACCCUCAACACCGCUGGCACCAGGAAGAGAAGGAAGGCCAGAAACACCAGGAAGGGAAGGAAGGCCAGAAACACCGGGAAGGGAAGGAAGGCCAGAAACACCGGGAACGGAAGGAAGGCCAGAGACACCGGGAACGGAAGGAAGGCCAGAAACACCGGGAACAGAGGGAAGGCCAGAGGCACCGGGGAGAGAAGGAAGACCUGGAAGAGAGGGGAGACCAGGGACAGAGGGAAGCUCUUGA